UGCCUCCUCGGAGGCGGUAAAAUGUGCUGCGAGAAGUGGAGCCACGUUGCCGAAAUGUUUCUCUUCAUUGAAGACCUGGAGGAGGAUUGUAAGAUCCUUUGCCUCUGCUCCAGGGCAUUUGUAGAAGAUCGAAAACUAUGCAAUUUGGGAUUAAAAGGCUACUAUGUUAAAGGCAAUGGCAAUAAUUCAGGAGACCAAGCUACAGAAGAGGAGGAAGGUGAUAAUUCCCAUGGCAAUAAAGAAUCAUGUGAUAGCAAAGGCAUAGGCCUAAAUGAAAGUGAACUUGAUUCUGAGGCUGAACUCAUGAGAAGUAUGGGACUGCCACUUCAGUUUGGUGGGCUCUCUGCACAUAAGAAUUUUGAGGUGUCUAUGAAUACUAGAAAUAAGGUUAAAAUAAAAAAGAAAAAGAAAAAACAUCAAAAGAAGUACUUAGAUGAGAUUAUGAGAGAAGUUUGGAGACAAGAAUAUGAAGAAGAUGACAUUUGGGCCUCAGAUGAUCCAUCUUCAGUUGAACAAUCUGAGAACAUCAGAACAUGUAAACGUAAAUCCAUGAAAGACAUUGAAACUAAAAACCUUUCUGUUGAAAAUACAUUAUCUCCAAAGCUAGAAAUUACGGAGAAAUGGGAAAAGUACUGGAAUGAAUAUGGUGGAGGACUAUUAUGGCAAAGCUGGCAAGAAAAACAUUCAGAUCAAACACUAUGUUCUGAACCUUGGAACGUUCCUGAUACCAAAGAAGAAUGGGAACAACAUUAUAGUCAACUUUAUUGGUAUUAUUUGGAACAAUUUCAAUAUUGGGAAGCUCAGGGUUGGAUAUUUGAUGCCUCGCAAAGCUGUGAAACGAGUAUGUGUGGGUCUAAAACAGAGGUUAACAGCGAAAAAGAUGACAAUUGCAUGAAAGCAGACUUACUUUCUUUUCCAUCUUCAUCAAUUGGUAGUAAAAGCUCUAGUUCAAGUGAUAAAGAACUACUUGAAGGUAUUACUAAUAUAAGUCUGAAUUCAGGGAAAGUAGGAGAGAGCCAAUUAGAGUCGUCUGUAAGUUCUGAUGGACAUCAGUGGCUAAGUGAAGUUAAAAGCAGAAGAGAAUGUCCUGCUUCUGGCCAAAGCGAACCUUGUAAUGGAGGAACCAAGGAAAGCAACUUGUCCGGGAACAGAAGUGCAAACCAACCAGCUCAGGAUCCACAGAAGUCUUCAGAAGCAAACACAAUCAAAGAAGGACCACAUCCCAGCAAGACUGAUGGAGAUGAGAGUGAGGAAGAUCCGCCUGAAUGUAAGCCAAGCAAACUCAAGAGGAGCCAUGAACUGGACAUCGAUGAAAACCCAGAUUCAGACCUUGAUGACAGCGGUUCCCUUCUAGGAUUCAAGCAUGGCUCGGGACAAAAAUAUGGUGGAAUUUCACAAUUCAGUCAUAGACGUGUCAGGUAUCUACAGAAAAAUGUGAAGUAUCAGUCAAAGUUCUUGGACAUGAGAAGACAAAUAAAUUUGAAAAAUAAACAUAUUUUCUUUUCUGAAGACACAGAAAAAACAUGUUUCAAGAAAAGCAAAACUUUGAGUAAGGUAGAAAAAUUUUUAAAAUGGGUUAAUGAACCAGUGGAUGAGGAAACAUCACAGGAGUCAAUUUCCCAUGAUGAUGUGCAAGGCACUUGCACAAGCAGUGAUUCAGAAGAACAGGAAAUGUCUGUUACCAGAGGGGAAAAGCCAGUGGAGGUGAGCAAUUCAGAACCUGAAGAGAGUCAUGCCAUAUCUUCAUCUGGUGAACUUGAAACAGAAAAAAGUGAAGGGGACAGAACCGUAGCAGCUAUCACAGAUAAGGAGGAUGGUAAUGCUCAGGAUAUACCAGACUCUCUUCAGACAGAAACUGAAGCUGAAAUUAAAAAGAAGAAGAAGAAGAAGAAAAACAAGAACAGGAAAGUAAUUGGUCUGCCUCCUGAGAUAGCUGCUAUUCCUGAUCUGGCAAAAUACUGGGCUCAGAGGUACAGGCUCUUCUCCCGUUUUGAUGAUGGGAUUAAAUUGGACAGAGAGGGCUGGUUUUCAGUUACACCUGAGAAGAUUGCUGAACACAUUGCUGGCCGGGUCAGUGAGUCCUUCAAGUGCGACAUUGUUGUGGAUGCAUUUUGCGGAGUUGGAGGAAAUACUAUUCAGUUUGCCUUAACUGGAAAGAGAGUGAUUGCCAUUGAUAUUGAUCCUGUUAAGAUUGAUCUUGCUCGCAAUAAUGCUGAAGUUUAUGGGAUAGCAGACAAGGUAGAAUUCAUCUGUGGAGAUUUCCUGCUGCUGGCUCCUCAGUUAAAGGCCGAUGUUGUGUUCCUCAGCCCCCCUUGGGGAGGGCCAGACUACGCUACUGCAGAGACCUUUGACAUUAGCACAAUGAUGUCUCCUGAUGGCUUUGAAAUUUUCAGACUUUCUCAGAAGAUCACUAAUAAUAUUGUUUUUUUUCUUCCAAGAAAUGCUGAUACUGACCAGGUGGCAUCCUUAGCUGGGCCUGGAGGGCAAGUGGAAAUAGAACAAAACUUUCUUAAUAAUAAGUUGAAGACAAUCACCGCGUAUUUUGGGAACCUGAUUCGAAGACCAGUCUCUGAAUCAUAACUGAGAUGGUACAAGGACAGAAAGAUCAUGUGGUAGUUAGAACAUUAUUCAUAUGAGAUGCUUGACAUUUCUUUCUGUAUUCACUGAUUUAUUGUACCUGUAGUCUUAUAUCACCAUAUAAAAUGGAAACUUACAGAUUAGUGAAUAUUAAUGAAAUACUUAAGAGAUCUUUAAAUAAUAAUAACUAUGUAUAUUAUGCAUUAGAAUAGUAAGUGUCUGAUAUGGAAAAGGUAGGCUUUUUCCUCUGCUUAA